GAGCAGAGCGGAGCAGGGCAGGGCGGGCACAGCCGCACGGGGCAGAGCCGCUCGGAGCCGCUCCCCCAGCCCGGCCCGGCCCCGCUCCCGCCCCGCCCCGCCGCCCGCCGCCGCCAUCUUGCCCACCCGCGCCCGCCCGUCCCGCUCCGUGGCAGUCCCGUCGCUCCUCAGGCCGCCCGUCCAUGGCCAGCUUUCCCCCGAGUGUCAACGAGAAGCUCAUCGCUCGGGCGCGCACGGUCGGAGAGCUCCUGGCCCCCACGUCUCCCUUCGACAAGAAGUGCGGCCGCGAGAACUGGACGGUCGCGUUCGCCCCCGAUGGCUCGUACCUGGCGUGGUCACAGGGACACCGCGUAGUGAAGCUGGUCCCCUGGGCGCAGUGCCUCAACAACUUCCUGCUGCACGGCACGAAGAAUGGCGCGGACGCCGUCGGCGCGCGGCCGCCGCGGCCGGGCAGCGAGAGCAGCCCCAGGAACAAGCCCUGUGAGCACGUCAUCGACUGCGGGGACAUCGUGUGGAGCCUGGCCUUCGGCUCCUCGGUGCCCGACAAGCAGAGCCGCUGCGUCAACAUCGAGUGGCACCGCUUCAGGUUCGGCCAGGAGCAGCUGCUGCUUGCCACCGGCCUCAACAACGGCCGCAUCAAGAUCUGGGAUGUCUACACAGGAAAACUCCUCCUUAACCUGAUGGACCACACAGAAGUCGUCAGAGAUUUAACCUUUGCCCCCGAUGGCAGCCUGAUUCUUGUGUCUGCAUCCAGAGACAAAACCCUGCGAGUGUGGGACCUGAAGGAUGAUGGAAACAUGAUGAAGGUGCUGAGAGGCCAUCCGAACUGGGUGUAUGGCUGUGCAUUCUCUCCAGACUCCUCCAUCCUCUGUUCUGUUGGAGCUAGUAAAGCAGUUUUCCUCUGGGAUAUGGAUAAAUACUCCAUGUUACGGAAACUUGAAGGCCAUCACAAUGAUGUUGUAGCUUGUGAGUUCUCUCCUGAUGGAGCAUUACUGGCUACUGCAUCUUAUGAUACUCGAGUCUAUGUCUGGGAUCCACAUACUGGAGUGAUCCUUAGGGAGUUCGGGCACCUGUUCCCCCCGCCCACGCCCAUCUUCGCGGGCGGCGCCAACGACCGCUGGGUGCGCGCGGUGUCCUUCAGCCACGACGGGCUGCACGUGGCCAGCCUGGCCGACGACAAGAUGGUGAGGUUCUGGAGAAUCGAUGAAGAAUACCCUGUACAAGUUGCACCUCUGAACAAUGGGCUCUGCUGUACUUUCUCUACCGAUGGCAGUGUUCUGGCUGCAGGGACCCAGGAUGGCAGUGUGUAUUUCUGGGCCACCCCGAGGCAGGUGUCCAGCCUGCAGCACCUGUGUCGCAUGGCCAUCCGCAGGGUGAUGCCCACCAGCCAAGUCAGGAGCCUGCCCAUCCCCUGCAAAGUGCUGGAGUUCCUCUGUUACCAGAUCUGAGUUAUUUGAGAAGGAAACCAACAACUGGGAGGUGGCCCAGCUGCUGAAACUGGCUACAAACACUUUACAGAAUCCUCAAACUGUACAGCCUUUAAGCUUAAAACUCUACAGGUUUUCAAGAGCUAUUUAAAGUGAUAACCUAAAAUACUAUUUUAUCAAAAUGCCUCACAGGUAAUUUUUUUACUAUUUAUAGAAAACACAGUAGAAGUAUUCCUGGUGUUCUCAGUUUUCUAAAAUAUAACUGUGAAAACAUGUACAUACAUAGACAUAAGCUGCUACAUGUUAUCAAUGUACCUUUAAGAAUUGCUUGUAUGAUUUUUCAUGUGUCUCAUGUAUAUAUUGCUUUGGUAGAGCCAUGAUGCAUCUGAGCUGUAAGUGGAAGGACAGCUGUUCUGGCACACUGAGAUAGGAAAACUAUUGACUUUCAGAGCAGUUAAGCUUCCUUCUGUACAUUGGCUGGGGUCCAGGAAGCUGCCCCCAGGUCAGACUUUGUGCUAGUUUAUUUGUGAGGAGGUACAGAGUGGCUUUGUAGAGAGCAGUGUGAGGAAGAGCAGGAGGUUAAAAGGGUUGCAGAGUAUCCAAUGUAACCCGUGUCAGCUGAAGGCCUUAUGCUCCAUAGCAGCAAACCAGGUGAAAUUUCAGUAUUGGGCAGUGUUAGAGAACCAUUUCCUUACAUUUCUGAAAAUCUGACUACUGUAUUAUUGCCUGAUACUGUGUCUGUAAUGAGAGACAUUAACAGACUCAGUUUAUUAUCCUUUAACCCUAUAAUAUCUGUUUGGGGGUGAUUAUUGGUUAAUGGCCAAAGAUAAGCAAAAUACUUGGUUUUGCCUUCUGUUAUUUAUCUGUACCUGCAGAUAUAAAGAAUGUAUGCAUUGCAUAAAAUGCCUGAUUAUAUAUAUUUUUGUUGAAUUUUGUAUUAAAAACUUGUAUAAAAGUU